CAUAUUGCUUUGUGAAUCAGCAGAGACAGUGUUCAAAAUGAUUUCUCUAAUACUGGUCCUGUUUCUUGGAGCUACCGUCGCGUUGGCCGAGAUACAUGUGCAAAAUGAUCCACACCAUAAAGCGCCUCACCCAAUCUUGAAAGAGUGCAUGGAAGAAUGCGGCGUCAAUCCAACAAAGCCGGGCGAACUAGCUGACGAGGAAAACGAUCCUCACCAUCAUCAUCAUCAUCGUCCUUCUUUACCGCCUGCCGUGAGAAUGUGUAUCAAAGAGUGUCUCGAAGAGCAUAAGCCAUCAAAACUGCCAACAGAGCCGGACAAGGAAAACGAUCCACGCCGUCCUCGUCCAAGCGGUGUAAGUCCUCGUCCUCCUCGUCCAAGCGGUGUAAGUCCUCGUCCUCGUCCUCGUCCCCCUCGGCAUAUCCUGAGAAAGUGCAUCAAAAAGUGCCACGGGGAGAUGAAGCCAACAACACCGGGCGAGCUUGCUGACGAAGAAAACGAUCCACACCAUCGCCCUCGUCCUUCGUUUUCACCUGAAAUGAAAAAGUGUAUCCAUGAGUGCCUCAAGAAACAUAAGCCAUCAAGACGGCCACCGCCAUCAACAGAGCCGGGCAAGAUAGCUGACGUGUAACAUCCGACGGCUUGUAGAGCAACUUCGUCCGAUCAUGUCUCAUGAACGCAUAAUUCAGACAUGAGUAGUUCUUGUAGGGGAUAAGUUACAAAGACAGGGGAAUAAAGCAUUGAAAAAGUCUGAAA